GCCGGAGCGGCUCUGACAAUCCCAAGAAGUCAGGCUACUUCUGUGCUUCUCUUCCCCGAACCGAAGAGGCGAGGACCCGGAGCUGCCGGAGCCAGACUUCGUGGUAAGCCAUGGCAGCCAUCAGGAAGAAGCUGGUGAUUGUGGGAGAUGGUGCCUGUGGGAAGACAUGCCUAUUGAUUGUUUUUAGCAAGGACCAAUUCCCAGAAGUCUAUGUACCAACAGUCUUUGAAAACUAUAUUGCUGAUAUUGAAGUAGAUGGGAAACAGGUGGAGCUGGCCCUCUGGGAUACAGCUGGGCAAGAGGAUUAUGAUAGGCUGCGGCCUCUCUCUUAUCCUGAUACAGAUGUUAUCCUCAUGUGCUUCUCCAUUGAUAGUCCAGAUAGUUUAGAGAACAUACCAGAAAAAUGGACACCUGAAGUGAAACAUUUUUGCCCAAAUGUGCCCAUCAUCCUUGUAGGAAACAAGAAGGAUUUGCGGAAUGAUGAACACACACGCAGGGAGUUGGCAAAGAUGAAACAGGAGCCUGUGAAGCCGGAAGAUGGCAGAGACAUGGCAAACAGAAUCAAUGCUUUUGGCUACCUUGAAUGCUCCGCCAAGACAAAGGACGGAGUGCGGGAAGUGUUUGAAAUGGCUACCCGGGCUGCCCUGCAAGUCAGAAAGAACAAAAGGCGCAAAGGUUGCCCGCUCUUGUAGAGAGUGUGUUGGCAAAAGUUGUGACUGUGCUGUCUGAAGGAUGCACCUUUUCCACGGAUUGCAUGGAAGCAAGCAUGGCGUCUCGAUAGAUGGAAGAGUACAAAUUUAAUGAUAGUUGGCUAACUUCAGCCUCCAUUCUUCUGCACAGAAAAGGCCACCCAGGGUACUCCACAGCAGUGGACUGUAGGUCUUUCCUUGGGCAGCGUGUCUAUACCAUAAUUUUGUAUGCUUGGGAAGUCAAGAGAAAUCAUUUGAAUCCUUUUUGUAAUGAUUUGGGUAUAGGGCUGACAGUUUAUAUGACUUAAUUCUAUACUUCUUGCUCUUUUAUACUAAUUCUAUAAUUUGGUGCUUGUAUGGAUUUUCACAGAUUUAUGUUUUCACAAAUAACAGAAGGUAGACAUUUGGAAAUCUGCAACAUAUGAAGCUGGACUACAAGCUAAUGUAUUUGCCAGUCUCCCUCCAUAACCUGAAAGGCAAGAGGCUAUCAGAAGGUUCAUACGAAUGUCUGGGAGGAAUCGGCCUCUAUUGUGAUUAGUGUUCUCUAUUGCACUUCUGUCUGAGGGACAUAGCCUUGUGUUUUGACAAUACUAUAUUCUCAGUUCCUUAUUAAAUUAAUUUGAUUUUA